UAAAGUGAAAAAAAUAGAAAUUUGUAGGGGUGAUGUGCCAUUUGCCCUUUUUAAUAUACAAUGUUGCGAUUUCAAAAUAGAAAAGAUUUUGGGAAAAUACAGAGUGAAACAAAAAACCCUCCAUUGAUUUUGGCGAAAGUGAAAACCCAUCGUCUUCAUCGCACACUCCUUCAGUUUCAAAGCCGAAUAGAUAAAUCCUUUCUUCUUUUCCCAUUUUGUUAUGGAGAAGAAAACAGAACAGCAGAGCAGAAAACGUCGGAAUCGCUCACACGUCGGAAUUGAUAGACUCAGCAGCUUGCCGGACAGAGUCCUCCGUCACAUUCUCUCUUUCCUCCCGACCAAAUCCUCCGUAAGAACCAGCAUUCUAGGUCAAAGAUGGAGGCAUCUCUGGGCCUACGUCCCCAAUUUAGAUUUCGACAACGAGAAUCAAGAAACCAUCAACAGGGUUAUGCUGCUGCGCAAAGUGCAAACCCUUCACACUUUCCUCCUCUAUCACAAGAUUAACUGCAGCCCCUAUCAAUUGGAUACAUGGGUUACCUUCGCCAUUCUACGGAACGUGCAAAAACUCCACCUUUACUUCCGCUAUCAAACUGCUCUGCCUCGAUGCCUCUUCACCUGCGAAACCCUAGUUAAUUUGACUCUCGAUUCUUGCGGUGUCGUCCCCUCAAGUGGUGCAGUGCGUUUGCCUCGCCUCAAAACGCUUCAUCUAUCGUUUGUUCAGUUCGAGGCGGACGAGUCACUCCCGCACCUUAUUUCCGGCUGCCCGGUUCUUGAGGAGUUGGUGAUGGAGUUCUUAUUGGAUAUGGUUCAUUGUUGUAUAUCUUCACCUACAAUCAAAUUCCUCGUGUUCAAUUUGGUCGCCGAUGGUAGAAAAAGGGUGGAGUUAAAUACCCCGGCCCUUGGAUUUCUCGAGAUGAGUGAUUCUUUCUCCGAUCAUAUCGAAUCCGGGGCGCUCAACUCUUUAUUCGGUGCGGAUAUCGAACUUCACAAUUUCGACAAAAAACGAGACGAUGUUCUUCACUCUCAAACCGUGCUGGAAUUUGUCGGCAGGCUUUGCAAUGUCAAACGCCUAAAACUGCAUUUAGCAUAUGAUAUAAGCAUUGUCGAUUCAUUACUCUCUGCUUGGACUGUAAGUUUUCGUAACUUAACCGAACUCAAAUUGGUAGCUGAUUACCGUUUCCUCUUAAAGAUGCUCGAAAAUGCCGAUAAUCUUCAAGUCCUUACUUUCUCCGAGUACUCCAAUGAAAUAGAACGCGCGGCAGAACCACCACAACAAGUGCCCACGUGCUUGUUAUCGCGUCUAAAAAUGGUAGAAUUCGGUUGCAUUGCAGGUCAUGCGUACGAGUUGGAAGUUAUAAGAUAUAUUUUGAGGUAUUCUAAAGUCUUGGAGAGGGUGAAAAUAGUAUACGGCCUUUGCAUCGGUUCAGAGGAAAAGAUUAAUAUGCUCCAAGAGAUCUCGCUCUUUCGACGAGGAUCCACUACAUGUGAAGUUGCCUUCGUUCGGUAUGCGGUAUAAAGUUUCCUUGAUGCCUAAAGAUUGUCUAUUGACUGAUUUCUAUAUUAAAUAUGUUGAAGUGUACGUUGUUGCUAGAUUGUUCCGGAGAUUUGCUUCGUCCUGGAUUUUUUUUGACAUUGAUCUUUAAGUUGUAAGGUUUCGAUGCUUUGUAUAUUUAUGUCAAAUUGGCAAAUGUUAUUUCGAAACUGUUUUAUCCAUUCAAUCUUGAAUGUGUUGCUUUUCGCU